AUGGCCGGGAUCGUCGCCUCCUCCACCGCUUUUCUUCUCCUCCUCGUCCUCCUGCCCAGGAACGGGAGCGUGGCCUUGGCGGCGGAGAUGUGCUACUGCUACGAGAGGGGCGCCGUCGACGGGGAAGCCAACAAGCUGACCAAGACGAUCGCGCUGCUCGCCGUCGGCCCCAUCGAGCUGCAGAUAAAAAAGACGAUCUCGCCGGCAGAUGGAAGGGUUCGGGGUUAUAAUAUGGAUUUUUCUGACCGGCUGGCGCUCACCCGUGACUGCUCAUCCCUCGUCUUUGUCUCCACGGAGGUCCCUGCCCAUGCCCCAUGUCAGAGCUAUGCACAUGUCUACUCCGGCGACCUCCCAUCAGGCAGCGCGUGCAGCCUCAACCCAGCUUGGCCGCGUCACCGGAUUCAGCUCUGUUAUCUCGCCCUUCAGGAACUAGACCGCCGCUGCCUCUCCAGGCAAGGACGGCCGGUCUGCAGCAUAGGGUACCAUAAAAACGGCCAGUGUGAAACUAGGCGAGAACGCCGGUCGGGCCGGAUGCCCCGACCCCAGCUGCAAGAGACGUUGAUCAUCGAUAGCAAUGUGAAUUCACGGCUGGACGCCAACAGUGACCUCUUCUACUGCCCCAUGUGCAUCAAGACGGCGCCCAUCAUCCUCAAAUCCAGCUUCGGCUCGUGCGACCACCACGCCUUCUGCUCGAAAUGUGUCGCCAAGUACGUCGCUCUGAAGCUGCGCGAGAACGUCUCUCUUCCCGUCGAAUGCCCCGACUGUGAGGACGAAGACGGCCUCCUCCCCAACCCCACCGAUGGCAGUGAAGAUUCGCCGGCGGACGGCAACGACGUCGGCGAUGGACUGCGCCGCCGAGCCGGAAAGAUGCCACGGCAUCAGCCCCCCGUGGACAUGUUGUUGUUAACCGAGGGCAAUGAAGAUUCGCCAGUCGACGGCGACGGCGAGGUCUUCGACUGCGCCAUCUGCAUGGAGACAGUGCCCGGCACGCUCAAGUUCAGCGUCAACUCGUGCGGCCACGCCUUCUGCUCCAGCUGCAUCGCCCAGUACAUCGCCGCGAAGCUGGACGACAAGGUCGCUCUCAUCGAAUGCCCUCACCCAGGCUGUGAGGGCGGUGCCGUCGAGCCGGAGAGCUGCCACGGCAUCAUCCCCACGGACCUCCUCGACAAGUGGGGUUUGCUGCUGUGCGAGCUCGCGAUCGGCGCGAAGAGGAUGUACUGCCCGUACCCGGGAUGCUCGGCGCUCUUGCUCGCCGACGACGAGGCCGGGGCGGCGGCCACCGCGGAGGCGGAGUGCCCGCACUGCCACCGGCUUUUCUGCGCCCGGUGCGCCGUGCCGUGGCACGUCGGCUUCGGGUGCCUGGAGUUCCAGAAGCUCGGGCAGGACGAGCGCGGCCGGGAGGACCUCUUGCUCCGGCGUCUCGUCGGCAGGGAGGGGUGGCAGAGGUGCCCCGAGUGCCAGAUGUUCGUGGAGAAAUCCGAAGGGUGCAAUUACAUCAAAUGCAGGUGUGGAUACAGCUUCUGCUACCGAUGUGCAUCCGAGUUGUCCGCGCAAAACCAUCACUGCAACAACUGCAAGCCCUAAUAACGGUUUGGUUGGCUAUGGAGGGACGGUUCUUCAACUGCCACAUGAGUUCAUCUCGGCCAUGCAUGUUUCCUCAAGCCUUUAUCGAAAAAAAAAGAGUUUGCUCAAGCCAAAAUGGAAAUCUAGUCACGAAAAGAACCUCAAUUAAUUAAUUGGGUUGUACAGCUUGUUUGGGGUUACUAAUUUGAUUCUCCACUUGUAGGUGUGGAUUGGUGAAAAUAAUCUUGCCACUUUCAGUUUGUAAUUAGGGUAUAGUCAACCAUGUCUUUGAGCUAGCAAUUACCGUGCCAGUUUUACAA